AUGCCGCCUGCCAGUGGUGCCGCGCGCCAUUGGUGCCGCCCGCCAGUGGUGCCGCCCGCCAGUGGUGCCGCCUGCCAGUGGUGCCGCGCGCCACUGAUGCCGUCCGCCAGUGGUGUCGCCCGCCAGUGGUGCGCCCGCCAGUGGUUCCGCCUGCCUGUGGUGCCGCCCACCAGUGGUGCCGCCUAUCAGUGGUGUCGCCCGCCAGUGGUGUCGCUCGCAAUUGGAACCGCCCACCAGUGGUGCCGCCCGCAAUUGAAGCCGCCCACCAGUGGUGCCACCCACCAGUGCUGCCGCCCAACAGUGGUGCCGCACGCUAGUGGUUUCACCCACCAGUGGUGCCGCUCGCCAGUGGUGCUGCCCACCAGUGAUGCCGCCCGCCAGUGGUGCCGCCCUCCAGUGGUGUCGCCCACCAGUUUUGUUGUCCGCAAGUGGUGCCGCCUGCAAGUGAUGCUGCCCACCAGUGAUGCCGCCCGCCAGUGGUGCCGCCCAGCAGUGGUGCCGCCUGCCAGUAAAGCCGCGCACCAGUGGUGCCACACACCAGUGGUGCCACCUGCAAGUGGUGCCGCCUGCCAUUGGUGCCGCCUGCCAUUGGUGCCGCCCUCCAGUGGUGUCGCCCACCAGUUUUGUUGCCCGCAAGUGGUGCCGCCCGCCAGUGGUGCCGCCCGCCAGUGUCCGCUAGUGGUGCAGCCCGCCAGUGGUACCUCCCGCCAGUGGUGCCGACUGGCAGUGGUGCAGCCCGCCAGUGGUGCAGCCCGCCAGUGGUGCCGCCCACUAGUGGUGCAGCCCGCCAGUGGUGCCGCCCGCCAGUGGUACCUCCCGCCAGUGGUGCCGACUGGCAGUGGUGCAGCCCGCCAGUGGUGCAGCCCGCCAGUGGUGCCGCCCACUAGUGGUGCAGCCCGCCAGUGGUACCACCCGCCAGUGGUGCCGCCCGCUAGUGGUGCAGCCCGCCAGUGGUACCUCCCGCCAGUGGUGCCGACUGGCAGUGGUGCAGCCCGCCAGUGGUGCAGCCCGCCAGGGGUGCCGCCCACUAGUGGUGCAGCCCGCCAGUGGUGCCGCCCGCCAGUGGUGCCGCCCGCCAGUGAUGCCGAUCACCAGUGGUGCCGCCAACCAGUGGUGCCCCCCAACAGUGGUGCCGCCUGCCAGUGGUGCCGCCUGCCAGUGGUGCCGCCUGCCAUUGGUGCCGCCCACCAGUGUUGCCGCCUACCAGUGGUGCCGCGAACCAGUGGUGUCGCCCGCAAGUGGUGCCGCCUGCCAGUGAUGCCGCCCGCCAGUGGUGCCGCCUGCCAGUGGUGCCACCCGCCGUUGGUGCCCCCUGCCAGUGAUGCCGCCCACCAGUGGUGCCGCCUGCCAGUGAUGCCGCCCGCCUAUGGUGCCGCCUACCAGUGGUGCCGCUCACCAUUGAUGCCGCCCAUUAGUGAUGCCGCCCACCAGUGGCCGUCCACCAGUGGUGCCGCCCACCUGUGGUGCCGCCCACCUGUGGUGCCACCCACCAGUUGUGCCGCCCACCAGUGA